CAAUGCAACCAUUUCGCUAUAGACUCAAGAGUUGAAUUUAAUAAAUAAAAAACUAAAAUCAUCACGAACGAUGUGCAGAUUCGGCAGAUACAAACUAAUUUUAUUUUCGAUAAUUUUGCAUUUACAUCACAGCGUUUAUAGCAUGGACUCGAACAAUUCGAUGCCAAGCGCUUCCAAUAAUAAUACGCCUGCAAUGCCACAUCUUACCGUUUCGAAUAACACUGGAAAGGCAGAUGCAGUACAGCUAGGCGAAAAAACGUUGAUCGAGGUGAUGGCUAUGUGCAAUGCGAGUUACCAAAUACCAAUAAGUUAUAUGGACGAAAUGAAUGUAACCGGAAGCUACCCGGAUGAAACCGAAAAAAUACCUAUGUGCUUUAUGAAGUGCUACAUGGAAAAUGUUGGGGCUAUUACAGCAGAUAAUACGAUUAAAAUGGAACAGGCAAAAGUACAUUUUGGUACUAAUGACGAUGUAAUAACGAGCUGCUUUAAGGAGCUUAGUGAAAUCGAUAACUUAGACCAAUGCGAAUACGCGUAUUUUCUAGCGCGUUGCAUUAUGAUGGUCACUUUGGUGGACAAUAGAAAAUCAGAAGCUUAAGGACAUUGCACUUAAAAUAUACACACUCUUUGAUCAUGUUGA